AUGGCCCAACUGUACUACAAAAAGGUCAGCUAUUCACCCUACAGAGACCGCAUCCCCCUGCAAAUUGUAAGGGCUGAGACGGAGCUCUCUGCGGAGGAGAAGGCCUUCCUCAAUGCUGUGGAGAAGGGGGACUACGCCACUGUGAAGCAGGCCCUGCAGGAGGCUGAGAUCUACUAUAAUGUCAACAUCAACUGCAUGGACCCACUGGGCCGGAGCGCCCUGCUCAUUGCCAUUGAGAAUGAGAAUUUGGAGAUCAUGGAGCUACUGCUGAACCACAGCGUGUAUGUCGGUGACGCGUUGCUCUAUGCCAUCCGCAAGGAAGUGGUGGGCGCUGUGGAGCUUCUGCUCAGCUACAGGCGGCCCAGUGGAGAGAAGCAGGUGCCCACUCUGAUGAUGGACACCCAGUUCUCUGAGUUCACACCGGACAUUACUCCCAUCAUGCUUGCUGCUCACACCAACAACUACGAAAUCAUCAAAUUGCUCGUCCAAAAACGGGUCACUAUCCCCCGGCCCCACCAGAUCCGCUGCAACUGUGUGGAGUGUGUGUCCAGUUCAGAGGUAGACAGCCUGCGCCACUCCCGCUCCCGGCUAAACAUCUAUAAAGCCCUGGCAAGCCCCUCACUCAUCGCCUUAUCAAGCGAGGACCCCAUCCUAACUGCCUUCCGCCUGGGCUGGGAGCUCAAGGAGCUCAGCAAGGUGGAAAAUGAGUUCAAGGCUGAGUAUGAGGAGCUCUCCCAGCAGUGCAAGCUCUUUGCCAAAGACCUACUGGACCAGGCUCGGAGCUCCCGGGAACUGGAGAUCAUCCUCAACCAUCGAGAUGACCACAGUGAAGAGCUUGACCCUCAAAAGUACCAUGACCUGGCCAAGCUGAAGGUGGCCAUCAAAUACCAUCAGAAAGAGUUUGUGGCCCAGCCCAAUUGCCAGCAGUUGCUUGCCACUCUGUGGUACGACGGCUUCCCUGGAUGGCGGCGGAAACACUGGGUAGUCAAGCUUCUGACGUGCAUGACCAUUGGGUUCCUGUUUCCCAUGCUGUCUAUCGCUUAUCUGAUCUCACCCAGGAGCAACCUUGGGCUAUUCAUCAAGAAACCCUUUAUCAAGUUUAUCUGCCACACAGCGUCAUAUCUGACCUUUCUCUUCAUGCUUCUCCUGGCUUCUCAGCACAUCGUUAGGACAGACCUCCAUGUACAGGGGCCUCCCCCGACUGUCGUGGAAUGGAUGAUAUUGCCUUGGGUUCUUGGUUUCAUUUGGGGGGAGAUUAAGGAAAUGUGGGAUGGUGGAUUUACUGAAUACAUCCAUGAUUGGUGGAACCUGAUGGAUUUUGCAAUGAACUCACUCUACCUGGCAACUAUUUCCUUGAAGAUCGUGGCCUAUGUCAAGUAUAAUGGUUCUCGUCCAAGGGAAGAAUGGGAAAUGUGGCACCCGACUCUGAUUGCAGAAGCUCUCUUUGCGAUAUCCAACAUUUUAAGUUCGCUACGUCUCAUAUCCCUGUUCACAGCCAACUCCCACUUAGGGCCUCUGCAGAUCUCUUUGGGGCGCAUGUUGCUUGAUAUCCUCAAAUUCCUCUUUAUCUACUGCCUGGUACUGCUGGCUUUUGCCAACGGAUUGAACCAGCUUUACUUUUAUUAUGAGACCAGAGCAAUCGAUGAGCCCAACAACUGCAAGGGGAUCCGAUGCGAGAAACAGAACAAUGCUUUCUCCACGCUCUUUGAAACCCUUCAGUCACUCUUCUGGUCUGUAUUCGGCCUUUUAAAUCUCUACGUUACCAAUGUGAAAGCCAGACACGAGUUCACAGAGUUUGUGGGAGCGACCAUGUUUGGGACGUACAAUGUCAUCUCCCUGGUAGUGUUGCUGAACAUGCUGAUUGCCAUGAUGAACAACUCCUACCAGCUUAUUGCCGAUCAUGCCGAUAUCGAGUGGAAGUUUGCAAGGACGAAGCUCUGGAUGAGUUACUUUGACGAAGGCGGCACCUUGCCACCUCCUUUCAACAUCAUCCCUAGCCCCAAGUCAUUUCUAUACCUUGGUAACUGGUUCAACAACACCUUCUGCCCCAAAAGAGACCCUGAUGGUAGACGGAGAAGGCGCAACUUGAGAAGCUUCACAGAACGCCAUGCUGACAGCCUGAUACAGAAUCAACAUUACCAGGAAGUUAUCAGGAAUUUAGUGAAAAGAUAUGUGGCAGCUAUGAUAAGAAAUUCUAAAACAAAUGAGGGACUAACAGAAGAAAAUUUUAAGGAGUUAAAGCAGGACAUUUCCAGCUUUAGAUAUGAAGUGCUUGACCUCUUGGGAAAUAGGAAGCACCAAAGGAGAAGCUUUUCCACUAGCAGCACUGAACUCUCUCAGAGGGAUGAUACCAAUGAUGGCAGUGGUGGGGCUCGGGCCAAAUCCAAGAGUGUCUCUUUCCAUUUAGGCUGCAAGAAAAAAACCUGCCAUGGGCCACCUCUCAUCAGGACCAUGCCAAGAGUCGGUGGUGCCCAAGGGAAGUCAAAAUCUGAGUCGUCAAGCAAACGCUCCUUCAUGGGUCCUUCGCUCAAGAAACUGGGUCUCCUGUUCUCCAAGUUUAAUGGUCAUAUGUCUGAACCCAGUUCAGAGCCGAUGUACACAAUUUCUGAUGGAAUCGUUCAGCCGCAUUAUAUGUGGCAGGACAUCAAAUAUUCUCAGAUGGAGAAAGGGAAAGCAGAGGCCUGUUCUCAAAGUGAAAUUAACCUCAGUGAGGUAGAAUUAGGUGAAGCCCGGGGCGCUGCUCAGAGCAGUGAAUGCCCUCUAGCCUGUUCCAGCUCUCUUCACUGCGUAUCCAGCAUCUGCUCCUCAAAUUCUAAACUUUUAGACUCCUCAGAAGAUGUAUUUGAAACUUGGGGAGAGGCGUGUGACCUGCUCAUGCACAAAUGGGGUGAUGGACAGGAAGAACAAGUUACAACUCGGCUCUAA